AUGGCGUCUGUGUCCGAGCCUCUAACUCUUGAAAAAGAUAUCAGUCGUGCUAUAGAACUCCUUGAUGUUUUGCAAAGAAGUGGUGAGUUCCCAGCAGCAAAGCUGCAGGCUCUACAGAGGGUGUUGCAGAGUGAUUUCCUGCAUGCGGUCAGGGAGGUCUAUGAGAACAUUUACGAAACAGUGGACAUCAGUGGCAGCGCUGAUGUUCGGGCUAACGCCACGGCCAAGGCAACAGUUGCAGCAUUUGCUGCCAGUGAAGGUCAUGCCCACCCACGAGUGGUGGAACUGCCCAAGACAGAGGAAGGUCUGGGGUUUAACGUGAUGGGUGGCAAGGAACAGAAUUCCCCGAUCUACAUCUCUCGUAUCAUACCUGGUGGUGUAGCAGACCGACAUGGUGGCUUGAAGAGAGGAGACCAGCUGCUGUCGGUGAAUGGAGUGUCUGUAGAAGGGGAAUACCAUGAGAAAGCUGUGGAGCUCUUGAAAAUUGCACAUGGAACUGUCAAACUGGUUGUACGAUACACCCCUCGUGUUCUGGAUGAGAUGGAAGCACGGUUUGACAAACAGAGGGCUGCAAAUCGUAGACCGGUUCCACAGUAA